AUGGAUGAUUUGCUGAGGGGGAUUUUUCAGUUGGAAGACAAUAACAAGACUGUCUCUGGUGGCUACCACAGUUACCCCCAUGGAACAAUAGAAAAAGGGGUUUCUACUCUAGGACAGUCUACAGUUCCUCAGUAUCCAGUUGCUGCCUUUCCUGCCUGGCCACCAGAUGCCUCCAGCCAAGGAGCUUACUCUCCAGAUUUCCACUACCCGAGUGUGGACCCUGGCAACGAUUUCCAUCUCCAGCCUCAAGGGAGCCAGUAUGAUGUGAUGAGCCCCUGCCCUCCCUUGGAAACCAAUAUUUAUGGGGCAGCAGGUCCCGGAGGUCCCGGGGAAGUGUAUACUUCCAAGAUAACAUCAUCAGUAAAUUAUGAGACUCCAUUAUUAGUGGCGGCUGCAGCCAAUCAACCGAAGAUCGUGAAGGACCUGAUUUUGCUGGGAGCAGAUGUCAAUGCCAUGGACCAAAAGGGGCAGACUGUGCUGCACCUUGGCGCCACCUACGGGCUGCCCAGUGUCAUUGAGGCUGUCAUGAUGACGGGUGCUCCUGUCAACGUGGAGGCCAGAAAUUUUGAAGGUCUCACUCCUUUGCACUGUGCCGUCAUGGCUCACAACGCUGCCUUCCAGACCCAAAACAUGGAGCCCUUGUCCCAACAUCACCUGCAGCCCUUACUGCUCUGUAUUCAGCGGCUUUUGCAACUUGGUGCUGAUUACAAGAGCCAGGACUUGAAGAGCAGUAAAACCAUCCUGCAUUUGGCUGUUCAGGCUGCAAACCUGCCUUUGGUCCAGUUCCUUCUCAAACUGCCUGGACAAGAACGUCAGAAUUUUGUGAACAUUAAGGCCCAUGGCAACACAGCUCUGCACAUGGCCGCUGGUCUACAUGGCCAUCCCUAUCAAGAACAGAUUGUCCGCCUCCUGCUAGACCACUGGGCCGAUCCCACUGCCCGCAACCCAGAGAACGAGCAGCCCGUUCACCUGUUGACUACAGGACCAGCAGCCGAGCAGCUGCGUCUUUUGCUACGAAGCCGCCGCUCAGGCCCUGGGUUGGUGUAUCCCCCAUCCUUCACCUGA